AUGGCUUCCAUCAACGGCGCAUCAUCCAACUUCGUCCCAGAACAAUUAUUCCACACCAUCCUCACAGUAAUCGACUACUCCCAUGACCCAUCCGGCGCCAAUCGUACAACAUUCGUUCUCAAAACACACGGCACCUUGGAAGCCGCAAAGCAAUAUGCCAUCCACUCCCUCGAAUCCCUCAACUUUGCCCCCACCGACUUCCAACAGUACCACAUCCGCGGCUCCAGAGGCGUAUCCGAGAGCUGGUCCCACGGCGACGGCGUCUUGCUCUUUGCCCGCGCCUUCGACGGACAAGAGUUCCUCGUCGGAAUAGACACUACGCCGAACAAUGAGGCAUUGACUGCGACCCCAGAUGGGAACAUUGUCCUGCCAGAGGGCGCCAAGUUCCUACAUUAUGUUUUACAGAUAUCCGUGGACUACAACGCCGAUCGUUCUGGUGGUCUUCAGACUACGGAGAUCCUAGGAGUGUAUAUCCAUCGGGUAGAUGCUUGGACAGCAGCGCACAAGUGUCUCGAUCCAGCACAGUACGCAGAAUACGAUCGCCGAGGCGACUCGCAGUUCAUUGGAGAAUGGCCUUUUGGUGAAGACAUCGCAGUUCACGCUGUCUCCGAGACGGGUCAGAAUCACUUUAUUGCGGUUAAAAAGCCGCCAGAGCAGAAACAUGAGCUUAAGCAGCACAAUUUGAGGAAAUAA